AUGGCUUCCCUGCUUCGGUCGACGACUCGAACACCUUGCCCAAGGCCGCAUCAAGCCUGGACCACCCCUCGAUCGUCAGUGGUUCGUCCACGACCCUGCUCGCUCCUUGCGCAACGAUUCUCGUCCACCCAGUCCCAUUCGACCAUGACAUCCCGAUCGAGACCGUUCGUAUGGAUACUGGGUAUCAUGCCCGUCUUCACCUUUGGCCUGGGCACAUGGCAAUUGCAGCGACUGCAGUGGAAGCUCGACAUGAUCGAUCGUCUCGAGACCAAGCUCCACCAGGAACCUGUCGGAUUGCCCGCCCGGAUCGAGUGCGUCGCCAUCUGACCUCCUUCUGGCGCCUUUUUUUUUACGUUUGGUCUUCAAUGUAUUGAUGGUCGCUCACUCGCUUUUUACGCACUUUUGCUUCCCUGCGUCGUCAUCUCUCCACCCCUGUCGGGUCCGGUCCAUCGCUCUCUCUUCCUCGUGGGUUUCUUUCACUACAGUCCCGCAGCGAUCCCCGAAUUCGCCUACCGCAAAGUGAUCGUCAAAGGCAAAUUCGACCAUGAACACGAGAUUGAACUCGGGCCCAAGACGAGGGACGGCGAACUCGGCUACCACGUCGUCACUCCCUUGGUUCGAGGCGAGGGCCAGGAUACGAUCAUGGUCAACCGAGGAUUCGUCAAGAGGCUCAGGAAGGAAACCAAGGAUCGACCCGAGAGUCUUGUAAGUCUGAUCUUCGCUCGUGGUCGACUCGGUUCUGCCCGGGGGCCGGGACGACGAUCUAUCGCGCGAGGCGCCCCUAACCGAUUCUCACGUUUUUUUUGCCCGGUAAAUCCCUCCAGACCGAAGGCACCGUACAAGUCGUAGGCAUGCUCCGCGACCAAGAAAAACGCAACUCGUUCACACCGGAGAACAGUCCGGAGAAGGGGCAGUGGGUCUUCUCGGACAUCGCACAGAUGGCCCAAUACACCCACGCCGAACCGGUGCUGGUCGAUGAGAUCUUCAGUCAGUCGUGGCUCAUUGUAGCGCAGCCGAUCGUGAGCCAACAUGCUAAUCUACCAACGUGAUUCGUAGUGGGACAUGCUGGAGAGGCAGGCACAAGAGUGCAGGACGGGAUACCGGUAGGGCGAGAAGCUACCAUCACACUGCGGAAUCAACAUCUCACAUACGCCAUCACCUGGUACGUGAUCUGUGCACGUACAACCGUCUGAUGACUACAAGUAAACUGACCCUUUCUGGGCUUAUUUUUUCAUUAGGUACGCCCUGUCGGCAGCCACAUCCAUCCUCUUGUUCCGCCUCAUGAGGAGACCGGCACGGAUGUCGAUUGCCCAAUUUAGAUCUCAGUCGAAAGAAUUUUGA